AUAUUUAACAAUUACAUCCAUUUGGAAAAGAGAUUAUUUAGCAAGUCUUUGAGAAAAGAGCCAAUCACUUUUGCUUUCAUCUUUGGCUGGUCCUGGGGGCCAACUCACCCAAGGUGAUGCUCUUGCUGCAAGAGUGUAAAAGAAAAGUUCAUUUUGUCCGUUGCAAAAGGAACAGUGUAGUGCUUGGUUGAAACCUCUGUAGGUUUGGCAUACUUUGAAGAGAAUCUCCAUCUCCUGCUAAUUCUCCUGGAGGAAAGUAGAGGUACUCGAACUUUGAAUUAUUAUUUUUAAGGAAAAUCUACUUCCUAUGUACAUGCUGUUGGAAUUGGCAGAUAUAUUUGCAGCUAUAAUUGGUGAAUGAGCGUUUCUUCACGGACAAAGUGGCACGUUCCCCACUGGUGCUGGCCGAGUUGGAAACUUCAUAGUCAGUGUGUUGUUUCACUAGUAAAUUUUGUAAAUGUUUAGCAUUUUGUUGCUUUGCUACCUCUUUCUGGAAACAACUCCAGCAUUUGCUGCGACUGGUGAAGAGCGACGAGUAAACCCAGAAAACUGUUUAAUAUGGGGACCUGGCCUAAAAGCCAAUGUUGUUCUGCCUGCCCGGUAUUUCUAUAUUCAGGCUGUGGAUUCCGCAGGUCAGAAGUUCACUACCUCUCCAGGUGAAAAGGUAUUCCAGGUUAAGAUCUCAGCACCAGAUGAACAGUUCACACGAGUGGGAGUACAGGUUUUGGACCGAAAUGAUGGAUCCUUCAUUGUGAGAUACAGAAUGUAUGCUAGCUACAAAAAUCUGAAGAUAGAAGUUAAAGUCCAGGGUCAACAUGUAGCCAAGUCUCCAUAUAUUUUGAAAGGGCCUGUCUAUCAUGAGAACUGUAACUGUCCGAUUGAAGACAGUGCUACCUGGCUAGAGGAGAUGAACUGCCCCCAAAGCAUUCCCCAGAUCCAGAGAGACCUUGAACCUUUCCCCACAGUGGAUCCAGAUAAGAUUGCAGUAGAAAUUCCACAGAGGUUUGGACAAAGACAGAGCUUGUGCCACUACACUGUGAAAGACAACAAGAUUUAUAUCAAGACUCACGGUGAACAUGUAGGUUUUAGGAUUUUCAUGGAUGCCAUACUACUUUCUUUGACCAGAAAAGUGAAAAUGCCAGAUGUUGAGUUUUUUGUUAAUUUAGGAGAUUGGCCUUUGGAGAAAAGGAAAUCCAAUGCAAACCUCCAUCCCAUAUUUUCCUGGUGCGGAUCUACUGACUCCAAAGAUAUCGUGAUGCCGACCUAUGACUUGACUGAUUCUGUUUUAGAGACUAUGGGCCGAGUGAGUUUGGAUAUGAUGUCUGUCCAAGCUAACACAGGACCCCCAUGGGAGAGCAAAAACACUACAGCCCUCUGGAGAGGGCGAGACAGCCGGAAGGAAAGACUUGAGCUUGUAAAACUCAGUAGAAAACACCCAGAACUCAUAGAUGCUGCUUUUACCAACUUUUUCUUUUUUAAACAUGAUGAAAGUUUAUAUGGUCCCAUUGUGAAGCACAUUUCAUUUUUUGAUUUCUUUAAGCACAAGUAUCAGAUUAACGUGGAUGGUACUGUUGCAGCGUACAGGCUGCCUUAUCUACUAGUUGGCAACAGUGUUGUGCUAAAGCAAGACUCUAUUUAUUAUGAGCACUUUUACAAAGAGCUUCAGCCCUGGAAACAUUACAUACCAGUGAAAAGCAACCUGAGUGAUCUCUUGGAAAAACUUCAGUGGGCUAAAGACCAUGAUGAAGAGGCAAAGGCAAUAGCAAAAGCAGGGCAAGAAUUUGCAAGAGACAAUCUCAUGGGUGAUAACAUAUUUUGCUAUUAUUUCAAGCUUUUCCAGGAAUAUGCUAGUUUACAAGUGACUGAACCCAAAAUUCGAGAUGGCAUGGAGAAGGUGGAAUCUCAGUCUGAAGAUGACCUCUUUCCCUGUAACUGCCACAGGAAAAAGGCCAAAGAUGAACUCUGAAGUUAAGAAAUGUCUUUUCUUGGAAUGUUGGUGCUCAGAAUAGUUCCUUAAGGGAAAAAAAAGAUUAUUUUUAUUACACUACUUAAGUGAACAAAAAUAAAACUUUGCAGUGCAAUGUUUCAAAUUAUGAAAAGACAAUUUUUUCUUUUAUUAUGUAGUGUUAUUCCUAGGACUUUGUUUAAAACACAUUUUUACAGUUUUGUAAUAAAAGAAUAAAAUCAUCAUUAUGUUAAAGCCUUGUGUUA